GGGCAUUUCAAAUAGUUUCGAUGUGCAUGCUGUUUGUUUGAGAUUAUGUUCCCCUUUUAAAUUGUCACAAUGAAGAAUUUUUACUAUUUUUUAGUCUUAAUUUUAAUCUUGAAAGCUACUACUGCUUUAAAUGAAUUAGAAAAGCGCGAUAAGGCAGACGCUCGUCAGAUGGAAUAUAUUUCUUUAAUUAAUUCUCUGUUGCAACAAACUAAUCUUCUCAGUUCCUUCGACGGUGUUCUUCUAGCUCUCACCACAAUACUAGCGUCAAGUAUAACUAAAAUAAAGCCUCUUCUAAUAGCAACAGCUCUGUCUUACAUCAUAUAUGUGGCUACAGCAAUUUUAAUUCCUGGACCAUUGUCGCAACUUGGCUUACCUACUAUGGAAAACGCGGAUCCCAAAUUAAUGGCGAGAUCUGCGGAUUCUUCAGAAACAAAGGUUUUUGAUAACAUUAUGGCUGAAACUUUAAUGAGGAGUAUCCAGAUAAGCCCAGUGAUGAGUAUUAUGACAAAUGUAUCUGUCAAUGUUAUUACCGAAACUAUGGCACGUGUAAGAAUAAUGAGUCGCAUGUUUGUGCAGCAGAUGUCAGUUCUACAAAGAAGCAUGCUGAGGGUUUCAAGGAUGUUGAGCAAUGAAUGCGUUGCACGAUUUUUAUGUCGAGUAGGACAAUUUACUGAAGUAAAUUUCCCUAUAGCUUCUACAAUGUUGCGGUCUUUAGCGAAUUCUUCCCCUGGUAUGGAUGAAUACGUAGUCGCAGUCGUCAGAGGAACAUCAUCUUCAAAUUGUUCUUUGAUUUAUCCAGAUUGCACAACGUGAUGUUUCUAGAGGAGCUUUUAAAAAUUUUAAUGUACCUAUCGCAAUCUUAAAUUAAAAAUCUUGAUUUAUUCGAUA